UAAGCUGUUAAAGCGGCAGUGUCGAGGCGUCGUUUCGCUAUAUUGAAGCGAUGGAGGGUGCUCGGGAAGCUCUUGUGAAGAUACCCGGCGACGGCAAAACGUCGUCGUCGAGCUUCAAUCUGAAUGGGCAUGGCCGAGCAGCACCGCCUCAUGAUUCCUCCCUUGUUUUGGCUACCAGACCUCCCAGACAAGCGGUUUCUUACUGGACGUGCUCAAAGCUUUGUGCAAUUUGCUUUGUUGCUGGUGUAAUUUUUGGUUACACACUGAGGGGACGUGUUAAGCGUUGGGCUUCCAAAAUUCUCAAGAAGCUCAACUGAAACAUAAUUGCUGACUUUUUUCUUUGUAUGUGAUGAAUCUGAUUUGGUUAGAGACCAGGUCCAUAGAAAUCUUAGUUGAAAAAAAGAUCAUUUUUGCUCCAUUCUUAGAUGCUCAGUUGAUUAUGCUUGAUACGGAUUUUGAAAUGAGUUGUAAGGUCACAAUUACUUACACAAACACCUUGUUAAUUUCGGCAUGUUAUUACUGGCCGUUUGGCACAAUAGCACCUAAUAUGCUUUUAUUUUUAGGUUUUUGAUAUAUGUCAUAUCUCAGCUAUAUUUUCAAUUCUAUAUGGAACUUAGCAGCUG